AGAUUCACCCUCACCGCUUCAAGCUCAGCAAUCACAUAUAAAUGAUCUCAUACUGCUUCCUUUGUCGCUUCUCUCCUACACUCCCUUUUCCACCAACUAUAAACCUCGGUUCCCUUUAUCUCACCCUCUAUCGCGAGUCACAGACAAUCCCAGCAGGCAUUCUGGAAAGAAAAUUGCCCGUUGCAAUACGACAAAAGCCCCCUCCAUUCAGCGCCCACCGACAUCACGGGAGUCUGUGGCGGGGAUUACCUUUCCCCUCAGUCCCGACGCCUCUGCUCCAUCUGCCUAGCCAAGUUGGAGAUUUGACGACAGGCAGAUAUGAUCAGACUCCGCAGAACAUAUACUUACAGGACAUCGAAGAAGGGGCGAACCAGAAAUUCCCAGAGGCUUAUCGAGCUUUACCGAGUUCGGAUGCUUUGCAAUUCACCGAAAUCCCGUCCCCGCCAUGGCUCUCGGACAGCUACCUCUACCUUCGAAUCGGUAGCAUCCAAGCAAUAUCUAAUCAUUCGGAAGCGAGGACAGAGUCCCGAGAGCGUUAUGCUCAUGUCAUCAUUCGCAAUUCCUCAUGCGUGCCCUUCAAUAUGGCUGUGCACUUUGUAGAGUACGGGACUUUCGGCCACAUGGCCUCUGGAGGCUGGAGUAAUAGGCUACCUCAGAAUGCCGUUCUACUCCAACCAUUUGAGGCCGCUAUCGGUUCUGGUCCACGCACCCAGCGACAUCAUCAACUGGACUACAUGGUGUUAUUCUAUGUGCUCGUGACCAAACGAGCAGCAAGAGUGGAAAACUUUUAUUUUAUGGAACGCUUUGAGGAGGCUUGCCGAAAUUACCUUGAAGACACCCAGAGAAAGCUCACGGGCCCUGGUAUCGAACCAACGACUCCCACUCAAUCCGAUUCAUCAAACAACUCAGGAGGAGGGAGACGGAGGUCCCCUGAAGUACAGAUCGGCAUUCCCAAAGACAGUUCUUCGCCGUCAUCCAAUACAAACCUGGCCCUUUCUUCCGAAGCACGCGGUAAAAUCUCGACAACCACUAAUGGCAUGGAACACCCGGCGAAGAAAAGGAAGACACUCCUUAACAACGUCCAAGGAGAACUAAACAAAUCGUCUGCGGCGGCCAAUGGACCUGACACAUCCGUAGGGGGAGAAUGUGAAGACCAAAGCGCUAGCACGGUGAUGGAACUCACGGCGGUCACUUCAAGAAUCGAGAAAGAUGCGUUCCUGAUCAGAGCUUUUGCGGACGGACUGAAGGCCACGGACUCAGAACAGCGGAAGAGAAUUGUAGAAUUGGAAACCGCCAUUGCUAAGGUCACGGAACUGAAAGGAGAGACAGAGAGGAGAGCUGAAGAGGCGGAGAAGAGAGCUGAGCAGAUGGAGAAGAGAGCUGAGCAGAUGGAAAAGAGAGCUGAGCAGAUGGAGAAGAGAGCUAACGAAGCUGAGGAGAGAGAGCAGAGAACGACUGCGGAACUCCAAAGCGCCCUCGCCGCCACCACCAAGGAGAAGGAACAACGAGAGGUGGCAGAGAAGAAUAUCGCAGAACUUGAGAAGGAAAUGGACGACAUGCGAAAGAAUAUCAUGAGAGAUCUCAAGCCGAAGCAAGGAAAGAAUCCUACAGCGGUGAAGUCUGAGCCAGAGUAGGAAGGCAGGCCGGGCUUGGUG